CUGAUUUGUCUGUUUCACAACUGACCAAUCCAUCUCCCAAAGUCGUCUCUCUCUCUCUCUCUUUCCUCCAUGUGAUACACUUCUCUUGGCUUCUUCUGGUAAAGUCCUCUUCUUAUUUGUCUCUUCGUUUUCCAUCUAAAGAUUCACUCUCUCCUCCAAGUUUCUUCCCCUCUCUGCUUUGCUUCUGUGAUGUUGACCUCUCUUAAGCUGAUCUGAUGUGUGUUCUUCUUUCUCUUUGAUGCUUCUGUCUCUUUUUCAAUAUUUGUCUGAUUCCAAAGAAGAUGGAAGCUUCUACUGGAAAAUCACCCAAGAGUAAUGCAGAUUCAGCUCAUCAGAAACAUAAUCCUAAUGUUCUUGUAGAGGUGAACAACAUAGAGAAACAGCUAUGGACAUUAAUCCACUCAAAAGGCAUAUUACAUCCAGAUGUUUCAGAACUAUACACUAAAUCAAGUUCCACCUACGAGCAAAUCUUUAAAAGCAAUCUCAAACAAGAAGUGCUUCAAGAAGUUGAGUUCUGUCUCUGGAAACUUCACUAUAAACACAUAGACGAGUUCCGUAGAGGCGUCAAGACAGAUGAUCCUGCCAAGCGAGGCACUCAUACGAAAGCAUUCAAGAUGUUUCUCUUAAGAGCGGUUGACUCUUAUAAGAAUCUGAUCUCCAAAGUUGAGAAAUCUGGAUUCUUAUCCCAUCGUUUCUAUAUCUGUCUUGGAGAUCUUGAAAGGUACAAAGAACAGUAUCUGAAAACACAUGAGCAUCCUAAUUGGUCAACUGCAGCUACAUACUAUCUUGAAGCUGCAAAAUCUUGGCCUGAUAGUGGCAAUCCUCAUAACCAGCUAGCUGUGUUGGCUACUUAUGUUGGUGAUGAGUUCUUGGCUCUGUACCAUUGUGUGAGAAGCUUAGCUGUGAAAGAACCUUUCCCUGGUGCUUCCAACAAUCUUCUUCUGUUGUUUGAGAAGAACAGGUCUUCUCAGUUGCAGUCUCUCUCUACUGAUGCAGAGUUUAACUUCUUAAACCCAUCAGAGAGGAAUGUUAUUGUGAAGGACUCAAUGGCAGGAACUGACUUAUGGCCACUGGUGGUUCGAACUAUUAGCUUCUUUUACCUUAAAUCCAGUUUUGAUGACUUUGGUUGCACGUUUGCUUCAACUAUGAGAGAACUGGAUGAAACGUUUGCAGCAGAUGAUAGGAGCCUAGAAGCCAUGUUGGAGUCUUAUCAAGUCAUGGACUCAACGAGAAAGGGACCUUAUAGAAUCCUCCAACUUGUUGCGGUUUUCAUCUUCAUCUUCCACAGUUCAGCCGAGUUUAAUGAAUCAGACAAGGCUAAAGAGGAAGCAAAGCUAACAAACUUAGCCUUAACGAUGGUGUUCAUCGUCAUGGGGAGAGUUGUUGAGAGAUGCUUGAAGACAAGUCCUCCCUUGGGUUCCUGCCCUCUCUUACCAGCUCUGCUUGUAUUUCUAGACUACUUACCCUUUCUGCUUGAAAAGACAGAAGGAGAAUGCAGGUUUGAUGAGAAGAGUGAGAUUGCAGUAUCUUACUUCUUUGGCAAACUUGUUCAUCUCUUGAACCAGUUAAAGGUGGAAGGCCAAAACUGCUCUGCUCUUUGGGAGGAUCAUGAACUUAGGUCCUUGGCUCCUCUGGCUCCUAUACAUCUGCUUCUAGAUUUCUCAAGUCAUAUGGAUAUAAGAAAAGGUUUUGAUAGAGGGAAAGAGAUUCGUCUUCAACGGAUUUUAAAUUCCGCUAUUAGGUUCUCAAGUAGACGAAAGAAGAGUACUCAAAAGUGGUUAUUCCUUGACAAGCAAGGGACUUGGUCCUACUCAAAUGAAGAGGGAAGUGACAGAACAUGUGUUGCUGUAGGAACGGUUGAGAGUGAGAGUGAAAGAUCUGUGCCUGCAGAAGAGGAAGAAGUCAUUCUUCUCAAGCCGCUUGUAAGGUGUCAAUCUGCUCCAAUCUGUUCUUCUAGCAUUGCAAAAAAGCCACUCAGCUAUGAGAACAAAACUUUACCUGAUGAAAGCCUAAGACGUACCUCAUCACUCAUUAACCACCAUAGCACAGAGGAGACUAACUCUGAAAGGUUCAGCUUCGCGCAAGGUCUUAAGAACACAGAAGAAGGCACAGUCUCAGGAAGACCACCAUCACUAAGCGGGUGGGUGGUUGACAAGAACAAAGAGAAUGGAGGAGUAAGUAAUCCAAAAGGGUUAAGCACUAUUGAUGAGACAAGUCCUGUCACAUCCUUUGAUAGUCUCUCAACUUCUUUGUAUUCACCUCCUACUCCAUCUGCUCCAUUACUUCCUGAAGACGCUUCUUGGUUUCAUAACCAAGCAGAGAGCUUCUGUGGUCAGACAAGAUAUAUGGAACCACCUGGUUUCAUAAAGUCAUACACAAACCCGCCACUUGUUGGGAUGUCUUCUUCUGAGUGGUUACGUAGGUACAGACAGAGUAGGAAUGUUGGACCAGCCUAUUCCUAUCAUCAAGCUCAGGGGACAGACAAUCUGAGCAACUUCUUGGCUCAUGGGUCUUCCAAGUUCAGUCUCUUAGCAAAGUACGGUACACCAAAUGAUCAAUCGAUGAUCACUUCUGAAAACUCAUUGUUUCAUCCUCAGCUUUACAAUGAAACUAGAGGAGAGAAGUUCUGCAACGGUCAAGAAAGUACAAGAAACGCUUAUGGAUUCAGUGAUGAUCCUGGACCGUUUCUUCGGUACUUGAGAGAGAAAGAGUGGCUGAAUGAGAAUGGUGAGAGGUUAAGAGAAGGCUGUAAGUGAGUGACGUACAAGAAACUGUCUCAAGUUGGCAAAGUUGUAACAAACCUGUAGUUUCCUUGUGUUGCAAAUCUUUUCAAGAAAAUGAAAGCAAAAGUUUGGUUGUACACAAACAAACAAACAAAGAAACCUUUAAAUCCAUCAACUUCUUUUUUUUUU